AUGGAUGGAAAUUUUGAUGAACAAAACAAGCUUCCAGAGCUCAAACUAGAUGCAAAGCAGGCUCAAGGGUUUCUCUCAUUCUUCAAAACCCUACCCAAUGAUGCAAGGGCAGUUCGGUUUUUUGAUCGCCGGGAUUAUUAUACUGCUCAUGGUGAAAAUGCAACCUUUAUUGCAAAGACAUAUUACCGCACUACUACUGCUCUCCGGCAACUGGGUAGUGGCUCUGAUGGCCUUUCAAGUGUAACUGUUAGUAAAAACAUGUUUGAAACAAUUGCUCGUGAUCUUCUCCUGGAGAGAACAGACCACACUCUGGAGCUCUAUGAAGGUAGUGGCUCCAAUUGGAGGUUGGUGAAAAGUGGCAGUCCUGGGAAUCUGGGCAGUUUUGAGGAUGUUCUGUUUGCCAACAAUGAGAUGCAGGACACACCUGUUGUUGUUGCAUUGCUUCCUAACUUCCGCGAAAAUGGGUGCACUAUUGGGUUCAGUUAUGUUGAUUUAACGAAGAGGGUACUUGGAUUGGCUGAAUUUCUUGAUGAUAGUCACUUUACAAAUACGGAGUCAGCUUUGGUUGCUCUCGGUUGCAAGGAAUGCCUUUUGCCCAUAGAGAGUGGCAAAUCCAGUGAAUGUAGAACUCUCAAUGAUGCUUUGACCAGAUGCGGUGUUAUGGUAACUGAGAGAAAGAAAACUGAGUUUAAAGCAAGGGAUCUGGUUCAGGAUCUUGGCAGACUAAUCAAAGGUUCCAUUGAACCAGUUCGAGACUUGGUUUCUGGAUUUGAAUUUGCACCUGCUGCUUUAGGAGCCUUACUAUCUUAUGCAGAACUACUGGCAGAUGAAGGCAAUUAUGGAAAUUAUAGCAUCCGGAGAUACAAUCUUGGCAGCUACAUGAGAUUAGAUUCUGCUGCUAUGAGGGCAUUGAAUGUCCUAGAAAGCAGAACUGAUGCAAACAAAAAUUUUAGUUUGUUUGGUCUUAUGAAUAGAACCUGUACCGCUGGGAUGGGUAAGCGGUUGCUUCAUAUGUGGCUAAAACAGCCUUUGUUAGAUGUAAGUGAGAUAAACUCAAGGCUAGAUUUGGUACAAGCUUUUGUGGAGGAUACUGAGCUUCGCCAAGCUUUGAGGCAGCAUCUGAAAAGAAUUUCAGAUAUUGAGCGACUUAUGCGCAACAUUGAAAAGACAAGAGCUGGUUUGCAGCAUGUUGUAAAACUUUAUCAGUCAAGUAUAAGAAUUCCCUACAUUAAAAGUGCCCUGGAAAAAUAUGAUGGACAGUUUUCGUCCUUGAUCAAGGAAAGAUAUUUGGAUCCUUUUGAGCUCUUGACUGACGACGAUCAUUUGAACAAGUUCAUUUCUCUUGUUGAAACCUCUGUCGACCUAGAUCAACUUGAAAAUGGGGAAUACAUGAUUUCCCCUAGUUAUGAUGAUGCACUAGCUGCACUAAAAAAUGAGCAGGAGUCGCUCGAGCUCCAAAUACGCAACUUACAUAAACAAACUGCUUUUGAUCUUGAUCUGCCAGUAGACAAGGCAUUGAAGUUAGAUAAGGGCACACAGUUUGGACAUGUUUUCAGAAUUACAAAGAAAGAAGAGCCAAAAGUGAGAAAAAAGCUCUCCACCCAAUUUAUUGUUCUUGAAACUCGAAAGGAUGGAGUUAAAUUCACUAACACAAAGCUUAAAAAGUUGGGGGACCAGUACCAAAAUGUACUUGAGGAGUAUAAGAACUGUCAAAAAGAACUAGUCAACCGAGUGGUUCAAACUACAGCAACUUUUUCUGAGGUGUUUGAGCCCUUAGCUGGGUUGCUCUCUGAAUUGGAUGUCUUGCUUAGUUUUGCUGAUUUAGCUUCUAGUUGCCCUACCCCGUACACAAGGCCUGAAAUUACUCCAGGGGAUGUAGGAGAUAUUGUAUUAGAAGGAAGUAGACAUCCCUGUGUGGAGGCGCAAGACUGGGUGAAUUUUAUACCAAAUGAUUGUAGACUUGUAAGAGGAAGGAGCUGGUUCCAGAUCAUCACUGGGCCUAAUAUGGGUGGAAAAUCAACAUUCAUCCGGCAGGUUGGUGUCAACAUUCUAAUGGCACAAGUAGGUUCUUUUGUUCCUUGUCAAAAAGCUAGCAUUUCUGUCCGAGACUGCAUUUUUGCCCGUGUUGGUGCUGGUGACUGCCAACUACGUGGAGUUUCUACCUUUAUGCAAGAAAUGCUUGAAACUGCAUCAAUAUUGAAAGGAGCUACUGACAAGUCAUUGAUAAUCAUUGAUGAGUUGGGGCGAGGAACAUCAACCUAUGAUGGAUUUGGUUUAGCAUGGGCCAUAUGUGAGCAUAUUGUUGAAGUGAUCAAAGCACCUACUUUGUUCGCUACCCACUUCCAUGAACUGACUGCAUUAGCUCAUGAAAAUGCCAAUGAUGAGCCACAGGCAAAACAGAUUGUUGGUGUGGCAAACUAUCAUGUUAGUGCUCACAUUGACUCAUCAAGUCGCAAAUUGACAAUGCUGUACAAGGUUGAGCCAGGUGCCUGUGAUCAAAGUUUUGGUAUUCAUGUGGCAGAAUUUGCGAACUUUCCUGAAAGUGUUAUAUCCCUUGCAAGAGAAAAGGCUGCUGAAUUGGAAGAUUUCUCGCCAACUUCAAUCAUUUCCAGUGAUCCUAGACAAGAGGAGGGUUCUAAAAGGAAGCGAGAGUGUGAUCCUAUUGACAUGUCUAGAGGUGCUGCAAAGGCUCACAAGUUCUUGAAGGACUUUGCCGAUUUGCCAUUGGAGUCUAUGGACCUGAAGCAGGCUCUGCAACAAGUAAACAAGCUAAAGGGUGACUUAGAAAAGGAUGCAGUGAACUGUUACUGGCUCCGGCAAUUCCUUUAGUUACCCCCAAAUCAAGGUACCCUCUUCGCCUGCAUAACCGCGGGUGAAGGUAAUGUUUCUAGUGGUUUAUUGUGAAAUGGCUUCGUGUCGAGCACUCCUUUCCCAUUUUUGUACAAACAGAAACUUUAACACUGUCACUGGAAGCAGCAGCAGCAGCCCUGCUGUCUUCUUUUUGGGGUGGCAUAUCUGACCUUAGCCUGAUUACCGGGCUUUCUGUUAUUUAUCUCUCUUCCCUUCUUUUUUUGCAGAGGUGAUGGGGUGCCUCUUGAUGUAAAUAGUACUUUUCUUACCUAGGUUUAAAUUGAGGAAUUAAGAGAUGUGGAAUCCCUGGCUUGCAUUGAAUUUUAAUGGAUCAUAUAUUCCCUUCUCUUUGGCUUCCCUUUGAACUAAGAUUUG